AUGAAGGUGGAGAAAGAUGCUCGUGCAUGUUAUGCAGAAACAAUUGAUCAUUACAACUCAGAACAACUUGUGAAAAUUUUGGUUAUUGAUGGCUGCUUUAUUAUUGAGUUGUUCCGCAAGAGCACUUAUCAACUCCUUAGAGGACUAGGUGACCCCAUUUUCAGCAGGCCCAAUAUGUUUCAAUUUCUGCACCAUGACUUGAUGUUGCUAGAAAACCAAGUACCUUGGAUGGUACUUGAGCGUUUGUUCAACUUGACAAUGAAUUCUUGCGACGACGAAAAUCCCCUAACUAUCCUUGCCAUGAAGUUCUUCGAAACCAUCCAUUUAUCAAGAAGAAUGCCUCCCCGGGAUCAGGUUAUCAAUAUCAAAGGCAUCAAGCAUUUUGUUGAUCUGUUCAGGAAAAUUUCAAUUAUAUCAAGCACUGAUCCCCGACCAAGUCAGCGUAUCAAUAUCGAAUGCAUUAAGCGUUUUGUUGAUUUGUUUCGAAAAUUGGCAACUUUAUCGAGUUCUCAGUUCGGGAAAUUGUCAACUUCAUCAAGUACCCUGUUUCGGAAAUUGUCAACUUUAUCAAGUGCUAUGUUCAGGAUAUCAAGUAUUGAAGAAGAGAGAGGGAGCCGACGAAGAUGGGAGUUCCUGCCUUCUGCUACGAGCCUUGUGGAGUCUGGAAUCAAAUUUAAAAGGGGCUCGUCUAAAACCAUAUUGGAAGUAAAAUUUAAUGAUGGCAUUAUAGAAAUUCCUCCAUUUGAAAUUGACGAGAUAACAGAAACCGUCUUUCGAAAUCUCAUCAGCUAUGAACAAUGUCUCUCCUACAGCUACUCCACUCAUAGGAUCACUUCCUAUGCCAUACUCCUAGACAGCCUCAUUAAUACUUCCGAGGACAUAGAUAUUCUGUGCAAGAAUGAGAUAAUUGAUAACUGGUUGAAUCCUGAGGAUGCGGCCCAACUCUUCAACAAGCUUUACCUUGACACUUUAGUGAGGUACCGUUAUGAUGAUCUAUGCAGGCAAGUGAAUAGUUAUUGCCGACGCAGGUGGCCUAGAUGGCGUGCAGUGCUUGCGCACAAUUAUUUCAACACUCCAUGGGCUUUUUUUUCGACAUUAGCAGCAUUUAUCCUGUAGGUGCUGACGUUGUUACAAACUGUGUACA